UCAGGAGCGCAAAAACACUCAGUUGGAUACACGACGCACAGAGAACCUGCGCAACCGCUACUAGUUCCACUUUGGCGCACUGAUUGUACCGAUGUACACGUUUUGUCAAAUUUUAGAGCUUUUCCAUCGUAUCAAAAUGAUUUCUUUGAUUUCACUCUAACUUCAUUACAUGGAAUGAGUUUUAAUUAACCUUAUUACGGGCAAGUAACAGACACUCAGCUUGUUCAUAGCCUACUUUUUCUAAACGCGGGUGUAAUCCCUUUACGCAUCUUUAAUACAAAAUCGUGGUGAUGCUACUGGACGCCGGCCACCAGAUCUCUGGCUUAGGAGUUGGCACGUUCACAAGGCAUCACUCGGCUGUGAGCGAGACGCAGGACAGAGAUAUGAGUUUCAUGGAAUCUGCUCACAUGGGCCCGUUCAAACUGAACCACCCCGAUUUGUCCUCGGGCCAGAGCGCAGCUUUUGCGCCCCAAGCAACCAGCUAUUCCGCGGCCGCUCUUGGAGUGCACGCGGCGGCGCACGCAGCCUCGUACGCCAGCUCCACUUUCAACUCCACCAGGGAGUUCCUCUUGCGCAGCCGAGGCUUUGGGGAUUCGACUCCGGGUAGCGGACAACACUCCAUCUUCAGCUCCACAGCAGGGCCUCUCCAUCACUCUCACCCAGAAGGUCAGGGUCACCUACUUUUCCCCGGAAUUCAUGAGCAGCACGGGUCCCAUCACGGCUCUCCAAACAUCCUGAACGGACGCCUUGGAUUACCCGGUGAGGUUUUCGGGCGAACGGAGCAGUACCACCAAGUGCCCAAUGCGCGGGCCGAUCCUUACAGUCAGUAUGGCCUAAAUAUGAGUAUGAACAUGGCGCACCAUCCCGGCGCUUUCUUCCGCUACAUGCGACAACAGUGCAUCAAACAAGAGCUCAUUUGUAAAUGGAUCGACCCGGAGCAGCUUGGUGACCCCAAAAAAUGCUGCAGUAAAACUUAUAGCACUAUGCACGAGCUGGUCACGCAUGUGUCCACGGAGCAUGUCGGCGGCCCCGAACAGUGUAACCACAUCUGCUUUUGGGAUGAUUGUCCACGGGAGAGCAAGCCCUUCAAGGCAAAAUACAAACUGGUGAAUCACAUUCGAGUGCACACGGGAGAGAAACCCUUCGCGUGCCCCUUCCCGGGAUGUGGCAAGGUGUUCGCGCGUUCAGAGAAUUUGAAAAUACACAAACGGACACACACAGGGGAAAAACCGUUCCAGUGUGAAUUCGACGGCUGCGACAGACGUUUCGCCAACAGCAGUGACCGGAAGAAGCACAUGCACGUUCACACGUCUGACAAGCCAUAUCUGUGUAAACUGUGCGACAAGUCGUACACACAUCCCAGCUCUUUAAGGAAACACAUGAAGGUUCACGAGGAACAAAGUCCAGUAGUCGACUCCUCUCCUACUGGAAGCUCCGGGUACGAGUCUUCUACUCCAUCCAGUUUGAUCUCUCCAUGCUCGGAGACGCACAGCACCAUGUCGCCCGACUCAGCUGCGCUCAACAGCAGCGGGCACAGCAGCUUAACGUCGAAUUUUAGCGAGUGGUACGUUUAAGGACCAAAACGACA